CCCGAAAAUGUAUUAAUUUAUUAUGAUUGUUGCCCAACUGAUGGAUGCUGCCCAUUCAUUAAAUGGCCAAAUUUGUAUAUUAUUUCUAAUUUUUAUAAUUAUUCUCUUAAUUGCUGGCUGUAUUUGUUGUGGAUUCUUUUUAUUAACCGAUGCCAGACAAAAAGUAUUUCACAGAAAACAAAGAGAGGAAAUAAAUAAUCAAAGAAUUAAAAGAGAAACAGGAAGAUAUAUUAAUGGAUUUAAUCACAAAAAUCAUUCAACAACUAUUGUUUAA